GUAAAACCCACGAAGAAAAGGAAAACGAAACUAACAGUACAUCAACAGAGAUACUAAGUAAACCUGUUGCUCACUGGAUUUGAUCCAUGCGAUGUUCCAGAAAAUGUUUUUACAGAUGUCAAUUUAGCACAAGCCUACAAAAAUCUAACACUCGUAUAUUUAUGUAUAUUUUUUCCACCCAUUUAUGUAUAUUUAAUCCACAAUCAUAGAUAUCAGGAAGAGAUUUUGAGAACGACGCACGCUGACAGAAAACAAGCGCAGGAUGUGAAGGAGUUUUUAAAUACUUAUAAAUUAUCUUAGUGGGCAAGACUGCAAGUUGAGUGAUUGAUUGUGCUGAUCUGUGUUCAUUGUCAGUUUAUCUGAGCGAGGAAAGGACUCUCUCACUAAGAUGAGUCUCUCAGAGAAACACAGUGUGAGAUCAGACUCACAUGUGUCCAGCUCUGUGUCUCUGAAGAGUGAUGAUUCAAAAAAUGGAUCACCACCAAACUUCAAUGAGAGAAAACCAUCAUCUAAUAAAAGGCUUCAAUAUGAGACAUUAGACUCAGACGUUCAGACUCACAGGAAACACAAGAAUUUCAAAAACAAUCUCCUGUGGAUCUUCCAGGAUCUUGAGAGCAAAAUAACAACAUUUCUGAAGAAAGAGCUGGAAAAGUUCAAGAAAAUAUUACAAAAUGAGAACACACAAAACUUUGUGAAGGACUUUAAUGAGAAUAGAUGCAGUAUCAAAGCAGCAGCUCUUGAUCUCACACUACAUUACCUGAGAGAGAUGAAGCAAGAUGAAGCUGCUGAUGCUCUAGAAGAUGACCUGCUCUUCAUUCAUCAGCUAAAAUGUGGUCUAAAGAAGAAGUAUCAGCGUGUGUUUGAAGGAAUUGCAAAGCAAGGUGACUCCACACUUCUGAAUAACAUAUACACAGAUCUCUAUAUCACUCAAGGUGGCAGUGAGCAGGUCAAUACUGAACAUGAGGUAAGACAGAUUGAAGUUGCUUCCAGGCAUUAUGAAUCUCAAGAGAUACAGAUUGAAAUCAGAAAUUUGUUUGAAGCACCUGAACAAGACAAGGAGAUCCGAACUGUACUGACAAAAGGAGUCGCUGGCAUUGGAAAAUCAGUCUCUGUGCAAAAGUUUGUUCUGGACUGGGCUGAAGGCAAAGAAAAUCAAGAUAUCAGAUUCAUAUUUCCUCUUCCAUUCAGAGAGAUGAACUUAAAGGAGAAAGAAAAACUAAGUUUGAUGGACCUUAUAACUCAAUUUUUCCCAGAGACAAAAGGACUGAACCUUACAAGAAUGAACCAAUUCAAAGUCCUGUUCAUCCUUGAUGGAUUGGACGAAUGUCGCCUUCCUCUGAAGUUUGAUCGUAAUGAGACGUGGCGUGAUGUAUCUUCACCAGCCUCUCUGGAUGUUCUCCUAAUGAACCUCAUGAAGGGAAAUCUGCUUCCUUCUGCUCUCAUCUGGAUCACCACCAGACCAGCAGCUGCCAGUAAGAUUCCUCCUGACCGUAUCGACCGGCUGACAGAGAUACGAGGAUUCAAUGAUGCACAAAAGGAAGAGUACUUCAAAAAAAGAUUCACGGAUAAGAAUCAGGCCAACACAAUCAUUGAUCAUGUUAAACAAUCAAAGAGUCUCUUUAUCAUGUGCCACAUCCCAGUCUUCUGCUGGAUUUCAGCCACUGUUCUCCAGAACAUUCUGGAAGAGAAAAGAAAUAAUGAUGUGAAAAUCAAUCAGGGUGAUGAGAUCUCUAAAACACCGCAGGAAUCAAAUACUGAAGACACUCCCAAGACUCUGACACAAAUGUACACACACUUUCUCCGCUUUCAGUUCCAGCAGAGCCGCCGAAAGUAUGAUGGAGAAUAUGCAGCAGAUGUUUCCUGGGAUAAAGACACCAUUCUUUCACUGGGAAAACUGGCAUUUCAUCAGCUGGAAAGAAACAACGUGAUCUUCUAUGACACAGACCUGGAAGCCUGUGGAAUUGACAUCUAUAAGGCAUCAGUGUACUCAGGCGUGUGUACCCAGAUCUUUAAGGAGGAAAGAGGGAUCACUCUUGGUACCAUGUACUGCUUUGUUCACUUGAGCAUUCAAGAGUUUAUUGCAGCCCUUUAUGCACAUCUGUUUCUAGACCUCAACAAGACAAGUGUGUUUGUUCAUGAGUCUACAGAACAGGAAAACAAAAAUGAAACCAUGGUUGAUUUUCUCAAGAAUGCAGUGGACAAGGCGCUGGAGAGUGACAGUGGACACUUGGACCUUUUCCUUCGCUUCCUCCUCGGUCUGUCACUCCAGUCCAAUCGACGACUCUUAAGAGGUCUGUUAACACAGCAAGACGACAAUGACCAGAGCAACAAGGAAAUAGUUCAGUACAUCAAGCAGAAAUUAGAAGAUAAUCUGCCUGCAGAGCGAUCCAUCAAUCUGUUCUACUGUCUGAACGAACUGAACGACCAAACUCUGGUGAAAGAGAUUCAGACCCACCUUAGCAAAGGAAGUCUCUCAUCUGGUGACCUUUCACCUGCCCAGUGGUCUGCUUUGGUCUUUGUGUUGUUGACAUCAGAGAAAGAGCUGGAGGAGUUUGAGCUUCAGAAAUUCAAGAAAUCAGACGAGUGUCUCAUUAGAUUAUCAACAGUCAUCAAAACCUCCAGAAGAGCUCUGCUAAAUGAUUGUAACUUAACAGACAAAAGCUGUUCAGCUCUGGCUGCAGUUCUUGGAUCAUAUACCAGUCUGAAAGAGCUGAUCAUGAACAAUAAUAAUCUGCAGGAUUCAGGGGUGAAGAUGCUCUGCACUGGACUGGAGAAAAAGUGUAAAUUGGAGAUACUGAGACUCUCUAACUGCAGUAUAACAGAAGAAGGUUAUAAAGCUCUGGCUUCAGCUCUGAGAUCAAACCCUUCACACCUGAUAGAGCUGGAUCUCACAGGAAAUGAUCCUGGACAAUCAGGAGUGAAAGAGGUCUAUGAUUUACUACAGGAUCCAACCUGUCAACUGAAGACACUGAGGUUUUUGAGCCCUGCUGCAGAUGAAGCCUGUCAGUAUGUCAAUAGAGUUGUGGGUAAAAACCCAUUACUCCUGAGAGAGCUGAAUCUGAGUGAACAUGAACUAGAAGACACACAAGUGAAUCAGAUUGAUGCGCUACUGCAGGAUAAACACUGUCGAAUCAACACACUAGCGUUAAAUAAUUGUAACUUAACAGACAAAAGCUGUUCAGCUCUGGCUGCAGUUAUUGGAUCAGAUACCAAUCUGAAAGAACUGAGCAUGAACAAUAAUAAUCUGCAGGAUUCAGGGGUGAAGCUGCUCUGCACUGGACUGAAGAAUAUAAAGUGUAAAUUGGAGAUACUGAGACUCUCUAACUGCAGUGUAACAGAAGAAGGUUAUAAAGCUCUGGCUUCAGCUCUAAAAUCAAACCUUUCACACCUAAUAGAGCUGGAUCUCACAGGAAAUGAUCCUGGACAAUCAGGAGUGAAGAAGCUCAAUGAUUUACUACAGGAUCCAAACUGUCAACUGAAGACACUGAGGUUUUUGAGCCCUGCUGCAGAUGAAGCCUGUCAGUAUGUGAAUAGAGUUGUGGGUAAAAACCCGUUACUCCUGAGAGAGCUGAAUCUGAGUGGACAUGAACUAGGAGACACACGAGUGAAUCAGAUCGCUGCUCUGCUGCAGGAUAAACACUGUCGACUCAACACACUGACUCUGUGUGGAUGCAGGAUUACAGAGAAACAGUGUGUCAUCCUGACUUCAGCUCUGAAAUCAAACCCAUCACACCUGAGAGAGCUGGACCUCAGUGGGAAUAAACUAGAAAACACAGGAGUGAAUCACUUAUGUGAUGUACUGAAGGAUUCACACUGUAAACUGGAGAGAUUAAGUUUAAGCUCCUGUGAUAUGACAGAAUGUUGUUCUGCUCUGACUUCAGCUCUGAAAUCAAACCCGUCACACCUGAGAGAGCUGGACCUGAGCAUGAAUAAACUAGAAGACUCUGGAGUGAAAAACCUCAGUGAUCUACUGAUGAACCCACAAUUCAAGCCGGAGAAACUAGAUCUGUAUAGAUGCAGUAUUACAGAGAAACAGUGUGUCAUCCUGACUUCAGCUCUGAAAUCAAACCCACCACACCUGAGAGAGCUGAACCUGAGUGUGAAUAAAAUAAAAAACAAAGGAGUGACGCACUUAUGUGAUAUACUGAAGGAUUCACACUGUAAACUGGAGAGAUUGAGUCUAAAGGACUGUGGCAUUACAGAUGUUUCUUCUUUAACUCAGUCUUUGACUAACUCAAAAGCACUGCAGUUUUUAAAAGAUCUUGAUCUGAGACAGAAUAUGAUAGGAGACUCAAAGCAGUUGCUCUGUGACAUGCUACGAAACUCAAACUGUAACCUGAGUGUAGACAUGGAAUGAAGAAGUUGGCGACAUUUUACAACAUCUAUCUUUUUCCAUUCUUCAAGAAUGACCUCUUUUAGAGACUGGAUGCUGGAUGGAGAGUGUCUGGAUGGAGAGUGAUGCUCAACUUGUCUCUUCAGAAUUCCCCACAGGUGUUCGAUUGGGUUCAGAUCAGGAGCCACUGAAUAACUUUCACCCUGUUCUUCUUCAGAAAUCCAACAGUGGCCUUAGAUAAGCAUUUAGGAUCAUCGUCAUGUUGGAAAAGUGCACGACGACCAAGGGCACGGCGUGAUGGUAGCAUCUUCUCUUUCAGUAUAGAGCAGUACAUCUGUGAAUUCUUGAUGCCAUCAAUGAAAUGCAGCUCCCCGACACCAGCAGCACUCAUGCAGCCCCACAUAAGGACACUGCCACCACCAUGUUUCACUGUAGGCACCAUGCAUUUUUCUUUGUAUUCCUCACCUUUGCAACACCAUACAGUUUUGAAGCCAUCAGUUCCAAAAACAUUUAUCUUGGUUUCAUCACUCCAGAGUAUAGAGUCUUCAUCUUUGGGCAUGGGCCCUGGCAAACUCUAGGCAGGAUUUAUUGUGCCUGGGCUUUAGGAAAGGCUUCUUUCAUGGACGGCACCUAUGCAUGCCAUUCCUCUGCAGCGUACGCCGUAUUGUGUCACGGGAAAUAGUCCCCCCAGUUUGGCUUUCUACUUCUUCAGAUAACUGCAGUGAACUUGCAUGCCGAUUUUCUUCAACCCUUCUCAUCAGAUGUCGCUCCUGUCGAGGUGUUAAGUUCCGUGGACGACCUGGACGUCUCUGUGAGAUGGUUGCAGUUCCAUCUUUUUUAAAUUUUUGUACCACUUUUGCUACAGUAUUCUGACUGAUAAGUAAAGCUUUGCUGAUCUUCUUGUAGCCUUCA